UGCGCAGUGAGACAAAAAACAAACAAACGAAGAAAAAAAUCGCUUGAAAUGGGUUCCCGAACACGCUAGCACAAAAACUCCCCUGAGGGGAUUCAUUCGCAUGGUUAUGCAACAUCUGAACUUGUAUCUUGAAAAGCGAAACUGAAAGUACCGUCUCGCAUCGCUGGCCGAAUCGGAACCGGUCUACCGAUACGUUAAGCUAAGAAGAAGAUAAUAAAACAGGCCUCCCAAUUACUACAAUUCCACCGGCAACAAAUGGUGGGAGAAAUGUUUUACUCCUUUUGGAGCCGAGAAUUGCAGCGAUGCAAAUAAAAUGUGCAAAAAAUGAAUUAACAAAAAAAAUACCAGUCUCGACAUGCAAAAAGAACGGCUAACAGCAACCGCAGAGAAAUUGCUAGACCGUUCCAGGGUCUGACAGGACGCCCGCUUGUUGAGGACCCUUCGACUGUGACAGCCGGCGUUCAUCGAUCAUUCGGCAAGCAGCCGAGAGACUGUAUAAAAGCGUUGGGCCUACCAACUUGAAGCAUCAGUUUAGGUUGACUCUUCAGAUCUAGUGCACUUGGAAAAGCAUACAAGAUGGCGUUCAAAUUUGUAGCCCUUUUCGCUGUUCUGGCUGUAGCAAGUGCCGGAGUGAUUCCCGUCGAGCAAAUUCAUACAUCGUAUCAGCCAGCUUCCUACUCUACUCACUUGGCCCAGCCAGCAGCUAUCGUCAAAACAAUUGCACAGCCCACGAUCGUGAAAACCAUUGCUCAACCGACCCUCGUAAAACACAUCGAUGAAGAUCACGAUGCACAGUACGAUUUCUCCUACGGUGUUCACGAUGACCAUACCGGCGACAUCAAGGAGCAGCGUGAAUCUCGCCAUGGGGAUCAAGUGCACGGUCAAUACAGUCUGAUCGACUCGGAUGGACACAAGCGUACCGUCGAGUACACCGCCGAUGACCACAAUGGUUUCAACGCGGUCGUCCAUCGCGAACCAACCGAUAUCAAGAUCCCGCAGCCAAUUGUUCAGAAAGUCAUCGCCCAACCAGCCAUUGCCAAAGUUAUCGCUCAGCCAGCUAAAAUUAUUGCUGCCCAGCCAGCGUACUACAGCCAACCAGCUCCAGCUGUUGUCAAAACUGUCGGUCUCUCUCAUUACUAAUUUUGAAAGGGGCAUAGAUGUUACAGGACGCUGAUUCAAACUACCAGUUUCAAAGUGCACUUUUACUCUUUCUCUAUCUCAUUAUCAUCCUUGUUUCACGACAUUUAUCUUUAACGCUCAUAGGUUAAACAGUACAAAUACAAGUGACAUUUUUUAAGACAAAA